AUGUCUACUGUUACCUCUUCAUUCUUGCCAAAGGAUUCGGACCUUAAUCUAAGGCAACGGAAACGAAAUUUCAGCGUUCCUAAGGAAGAGUUGAUUAAAAGUCAUAACAGUGAGUUUCAUGAACUCAAAAGGCCUGAACGGGUAUACUUAUCAUGGGGAUUUUGUAAAGAUGUCUUAAUUCCAUCCCUCUUUACAAUACUUUCGAUUUACCUAAGGUUCCAAAAAAUUGACCUUCAUCGAAAGGUUAUUUGGGAUGAAGCGCAUUUUGGUCGGUUUGGAUCUUACUACAUAAAACAUCAGUUCUACCAUGACUUACACCCGCCGCUUGGUAAGAUGCUAGUUGGGUUUGGGGAAUGGCUAUCUGGGUUUGAUGGAAGUUUUCCGUUCAAUAGUGGUGAAUACUAUCCGGAUAAGGUGAAUUUCAAGUUUAUGCGACAAUUUUGCGCUAGUUUUGGUGUUCUAUGCGUCCCAGUUGCCUAUUUCACUGCUCAAACAAUGGGAUUGAGUAUGCCUGUUGUGCUGCUAUUGACUUUGAUGUUUACACUGGAGCACUCUUACAUUAUCUUAUCGAAGUUUAUCCUUUUGGAUUCCAUACUGCUAUUUUUUACUGCAACUUCGUUUCUAUGCAUGGUGAAGCUCUAUAGCCUAAGGCGGAGGCAGUUUAGUAGGAGGUGGUUCCUAUGGCUGUUACUGACAGGUAUUUCGCUUGGGUGCGUAUGUUCUGUGAAGUGGGUUGGGUUAUUCGUCACGUUACUUGUUGGAGUGUACACUAUAAUAGAAUUAUUUGAGCACUAUUAUGACAGAUCCCUGGGCCGCAUCAAAUACUAUUCCCAUUGGAUUGUGAGAAUAGCUCUCUUGAUAAUUGUUCCAUUUGCUAUUUAUGUCAUAUGCUUCAAAAUCCACUUCUCACUAUUAUAUAAGUCCGGUCCAGGCGAUGAGAGUGCAAACAGUUUACUCCAGGCUAACUUAGAGGGCACAAAGAUUACAAAAUCUCCCAGGGAUGUUGAAAUUGGCUCCGUGAUAACCAUUCGAUCCCAAGGGCUCACUCCUGUCCUCCUGCAUUCUCACGGCCAUAAGUACCCUUCCGGAUCACAGGCAAUGCAAGUUACAGGGUAUGGAUUUAUGGACGCAAAUAACAACUGGACAGUCCAAGCAGCGGAUUCGAAAUACGAUUCGUUAUCUAACGGAGGUCAUCUAAAGGUGAGUGAUGGGAUGCAAAUUAAACUCUUCCAUAACGCGACAAAUAGCACUUUAUCCUGUGAAGGUUUGCCAUCUCAUGUAUUUCUCCACGGGUACGAGGUUUAUGGAAGUAAUACUACGGCCGCUAAUAGCGAGAAUGAAUCCUGGAUUGUAGAAAUGGUUGAUUAUUUGCCAUCUAGUGAUCCCAAAUAUCCACUAGAAGAUCCAAGUGUCCUUCAUCCGAUAGCAUCUCGGUUUAGGUUAAGACACGCAAAACUAGGAUGUUACCUUGCUUCAAGUGGUCUUUUAUAUCCAGAUUGGGGGUUUCACCAAGGUGAAAUUGUCUGCAAACAACCAUGGGCUACUAGAGACAAAUCAUCUUGGUGGAAUGUAGAAGAUCAUCGGAACGUGAAUUUGACGAUUGACGAAAAAUACAAGCCACCGAAGCCAAACUUCUUCACGAACUUCAUCAUUAUUAAUUUUGCAAUGGCAGUAUCCAAUAGUGCAUUACUACCAGAUCCAGAAAAAUUUGAUAGUCUCACCAGUAAGGCAUGGCAAUGGCCAAUUUUACAUAUAGGUAUGAGGAUGGGCGCUUGGGAAAACACUUAUAACAGGUAUUUCUUAAUGGGAUCUCCUUAUAAUACGUGGCUUUCAACUGCUUCUCUGCUUGUUUUCAUUUUAUUUGGGAUAAGUACAAUCAUAAGAUGGCAACGUCAGAGUGUUGCCUUUAGGAAGGAUAAUGCUUGGGAAAUAACCAUCAAGGGACUCCUACCAUUUUUAGGAUGGUUUUUUAAUUACUUUCCCUUUGUUAUGAUGGAACGUGUGACAUACGUUCACCAUUAUGCUCCAGCCUUGUAUUUUGCAGUAUUUGUAUUUGGUUUUAUUGUUGACCAUUUCUUAAGUUCUUCUAAGAGCUAUAUUAAGUAUCCAAUUUACAUGGCAUUGUAUGGAGGAUGCAUAUACACAUAUCUGUUAUUUGCUCCAAUUGCACAAGGAAUGACGGGCGAUAAUAGUGAGUACAAGCAUUUGGAAUGGCUUAACUCUUGGAAUAUAUCAUGA